AUGGUUCUUCAGGUGAUCCUGCUGAGAUUGUUGAUGUACUUUGACAUGGGCAAGGAACCAAUCCAUUGGAACAACUGUCUUGGAAACAUAGCAUUACAACAUAGCUACGACGAAUCUGGAGGCUACCCAUCAUUUGUGAUAACAUUAAUCUCAUUUCAGGUGAUGAGGUAUGAAAAUGUGAAUGUCAAGGAAAAUGACAGCUUGGACCCUGCAACACUAAGCCCCUCCAAUCCCCGAGAGAAAUGGCUACGCAAGAGGACACACGUCAAGCUCAGAAAUGUAACUGCCAAUCACAGAGCAAAUGACGUCAUUGCAGCCGAAGAUGGUCCUCAGAUACUGGUUGGGCGGUUUAUGUAUGGUCCCCUGGAUAUGGUCGCUUUAACAGGUGAAAAGGUUGAUAUCCUUAUUAUGACUGAACCCUCUUCAGGCAGGUGGGUGUAUUUCGACACAGAGAUCACCAAUAGCAGUGGCAGGAUAUCCUACAACAUACCCAAACAGAAGAGGCUUAGAGUUGGCGUGUAUCCCAUCAAAAUGGUGGUUAGGGGCGACCAGAGCAAUGCACUGAGUUACCUGACUGUGCUUCCCCCGGGAAUGGAGUGUGUGGUGUUUAGCAUUGAUGGCUCCUUUGCAGCGAGUGUCUCAAUCAUGGGUAGUGAUCCCAAAGUCCGAGCUGGGGCAGUUGACGUUGUCCGCCACUGGCAGGAUCUGGGAUAUCUGAUCAUCUAUAUCACUGGCCGUCCUGAUAUGCAAAAGCAGAGAGUGGUCUCAUGGUUAUCACAGCACAACUUUCCUCAAGGGAUGAUUUUCUUCUCGGAUGGGCUUGUUCAUGACCCACUACGACAAAAGACUAUUUUCCUCCGGAAUCUAAUGCAAGAGUGCUACAUCAAAAUUUGUGCUGCAUAUGGCUCAAUGAAGGAUAUUUCCGUGUACAAUGUUUUGGGUCUGUCGCCUUCCCAGAUCUACAUAGUUGGACGUCCAACAAAGAAAUACCAGACUCAAUGUCAGUUCCUCAGUGAAGGUUACGCAGCGCACUUAGCCUUGCUGGAAUUCAGUCUCCAUUCACGGCCCAAGAAGAACAACUCCCGGAUGAUCUUGAGGAAAGGAAGCUUUGGCCUGCACUCCCAGCCUGAGUUUCUGCGGAAACGGACUCACCUUCGCAGGACUAUGUCUGUGCAGCAGCCUGACCCACCUUCGUCAAACCCCAAACCAGAGCGUGCCCAGAGCCAGCCUGAAUCAGACAAAGAUCACGACAGGCUCCUGCCCCCUAUAGCCUGGGUUCGAGGUGGAGUCCAUAAAUUUGAGUCUGCGCCUUAGGAAGCAUUGAGG